UAUACAACACUAUCGUCGUCAAGAUAGAACGAGAAGAAGAAGAAGUUCCAUCUACUUCAAAAUUUUCAGAUUCGAUUUUCCGGGAAAAUAGCAGUUUUCUCUGUGAAUUUUCUUAUCAUGAACUGUGUCUCUGCAUUCAAGUUCGUACCAUCAACUGUUAUAUUACCAUGUGCACAAUCAAACCUUCACAUUUCGAGUUAUUCAUCCAAGUUUACGCUCAGAUGGCGUAGCUAUGCUUCUUCUUCUUCUUCUUCUUCCCGAAUUCGAAGGAAAACCCUAACCCUAGUUUCUUCGAAAUCUUCGGAAGCGGAAGAGGAGUCGGAAACGGAGGACGAAUGGCUGAAGAAGCUACCGGAGAAGAACAAGCCACUGUAUUCGCAUAGCUUGCCUUGCAUCGAGGCGUGGCUGAGGAAAUUAGGGUUUUACCAGAGCAAAGACGAUAGAGCUGUUUGGUUGAUUCAGAAACCUGAUUGGCACGCCCAGUUAUCUCUUGACGUCACAGAUCUCUGCAUAAGGUACUUGAAAAGUGGACCGGGAAAUCUUGAGAGAGACAUGGAAAGAAGGUUUAGCUAUGCAUUGAGCAGAGAAGAUACUGAGAACGCCAUACUCGGAGGACCUUGACGAUUAAAGAGUUUGUUGAGCAUCUUUCUUUUCAAACCUAUACUUGUGUUACUCCAUUAGUUUUCCAUUGUAUGAUGAAUUUGCUUCUUUGAUAAAUAAAAGAAAAUAAAAUAAAAAACUCUUUUUAUUCACGA